AUGGAGAAGCAGCAACGCAACGCUGCCGCUCCACCAACUCGCACGCCAGCCAGGCGCGCUACUGCUCCCGAACAGUGGCUCGCCUUGGACCGUGGGGGGCAGCGGCACAUCAACGAGGCGGCGGCAGAGUUAGCAGCAGAAGAAGGGUUAGAGGUGUCGAGGGCGGGGUGCUGCGCAUGGCCAGAGACUUCUACGAGGCAAGUGCUGGAGAUCCCGGAGACCGCGGACCAAUCAGAGAUCAAGAGAGCUUAUAGGCGGAAGGCUCUAAAGACUCACCCGGAUGUCAACACGGCACCCACGGCGAAGGAAGAUUUAGCGGAGGUGGUGAACGCCUACGAGGUGUUGUCGGACGAGAAGAAGCGGGCGAGCUACAACACGAGGCGCAAGUUUGCCAACCCGUUCAGGCGCGGGGGGGGCGGAGGAGCCGGUGCCGCCGGCAGUGGGGGGGGCGGGGGGGCGGCUGCGUGGGGGAGCUCGACGUACAACGCGGCCAGGGAGGAAGCGGCUCGUCGCUGGAGGGAGCAGAACCCCACCCCGGAUGAGAUUGGCGAUAGCUUCGGCGACAUAUUCCGAGACUUGGUUGGAGGCAUCGCGUCGGUGGGAGGGGGGGGCGGGGUGUUGAACGACGUUGUCGAUUUUUUGGAGAACCAGGUGGACGGGUUCUCGUCCGAUACGUCGUUGGAAUUUGAAGACCUUAUGGCGAGCAGAAAUCUCCAGGAGAUGAAGGAGGAGCUGGAAAACACAAGGUUUCUCCUCGAACAGCUCAAGAUGAAGAGCCGGAAGCUCGGUAUCGACAAGCUUGCGGCGGAGAAAGAGGUGGUCGCGAUGAAGGCCGGGGGAGGGUCUAGGCGGUUCACGGAUAUCGACGAGCUGGACCGCCAGAUGAGUGCCAUCGAGAAGGCGGCCGGGAUCAAGGCGCGGUACGACGAGCUGCAGGGGCACGUGAAGGCAAGCAGAGAGCAGGGCGAAAAAAGCCCAGGGAAGUCGGCCGGAACGAACCGAAGAAGAAACAACAAGACAAGCUUGACAGCCUUUGCCAGAAUAAAGGCUAUUCCGUUAGGCUACUCAGUGGGCAGGCUGCCGUAA